ACUACACCUGUUGAUUAUGAAGCAUGUGACAAAUAACAUUUGAUUAGAUCUGAUGGUUUGCCACCAGAGGUGAAAGUAGGAGCCUGCAGCAUAUUGUCACAUUUCAAAUGAAGCAUUUACUGUCCUUGUCCUUUAUUUGUGAUGAAAAUAGAGAUGAACGUGAUGAAAAGGCGACAGAGGUUUCAUAGGAGCUGCGACACAGGGCGCAGCAGAGUAAUCUGGUUACAUCAACCGUCAUUUAAUUCAUUUUUUCUGCUAAUCCCUGCUCUAUGUCCUCUGCCCUGAGGCUGAAUAAACACACGUGGCCUGUUACAUCAGUAACGCAUUAAUAAUUAAAUAACGUGUCUAAUAGAUAAUGUCAUGUUCUCUCCUUUUUCUCCAUUUCUUUCCGUUUAUCCACUGCGUCUCAGCGGGGACCGUUUGUCCAAGUAGUGCCGUGCCAUGCUGCUGUGCUGAAGCUGCUUGAGCACUGGAAGGGGACCCGAGAGGAGCAGGGGAGGGGAUCAGAGGAGGAAGGGAGGGGAGGAGGGGCGGGGAGCACUGAGCACAGCGAGUGACUGGACUGUGUAUUGAAGGUGAAGAUCAGUCCAGCACCACAAAGAGACAACAGUAGGAGACGUUGUAAAGGCCAUGGAGGUUCCGCGUGUGGACGACAGCACCAGCAGCCCUGUCAGCCGUUGUGACGACAUGAUGAAGAACCUGAAUUUGGACUUGAUACAGCCGAGUGACAGGGAAGGAGACAACUCUCAGGACAGCAGCAUCGUGGAAAAGGAGGAUCUUCCUGUUCCUCAGAACGUCAAGAUCACCAACAUCACCUGUGACUCCUUCAAGAUCAACUGGGACAUGGACUGUAGAGCCAAGGACCACAUCACUAACUACUUCAUAGACCUCAACAAGAAGGAGCACAAUAACUCCAACAAGUUCAAACACAAGGAUGUCCCCACUAAGCUGGUGGCGAAGGUGGUGCCACUGCCCAUGACAGUGAGAGGCCACUGGUUCCUGAGCCCCAGGACAGAUUACACUGUAGCUGUCCAGACUGCCUCCAAACAGAGUGACGGGAACUAUGCUGUCUCUGAAUGGAGUGAGAUCAUCGAAUUCUACACUGCAGACUACUCUACUGUGCAUCUGAUACAGUUGCUGGAGAAGGCCGAGGUGAUAGCUGGUAGGAUGUUGAGAUUCUCAGUGUUUUAUCGGAACCAGCAGAAUGACUACUUCAAUAAAACGAGAGAGACACAGGACAACCGGAUGCUCCCGACUGUAAAGGACAACAGUGGCAGCCACGGCUCUCCCAUCAGUGGCAAGCUGGAAGGCAUCUACUUCAGCUGCAACACGGAGUUCAACACAGGCAAGCCCCCCCAGGACUCCCCCUACGGACGCUACCGCUUCGAGAUCCAGGCCGAGGUCCUGUUCAACCCCAAGACCAACCUGUACUUCGGGGACUUCUACUGCAUGUACACAGCCUACCACUACGUGAUCCUGGUGCUGGCCCCAGAGGGCUCCCCAGGGGACCGAUUCUGUAAGGGCCGCCUCCCGGCGCUGGACAUCUUAGACAACUGCUUCCUGACAUGCACCCAGGAGGAGGAGGAGGGGGGGCGGCUGGUGUUCCACCACGCCCAGGAUGUGAUUCUCGAGGUGAUUUACACCGAGCCCGUGGACCUGGCCCUAGGCAGCGUGGAGGAGAUCCAAGGACACCAGCUCAGUAGCAUGUCCACCAUCAAUGCUAAGAAGGACCCCAGUUGUAAGACCUGCAACAUCAGCGUGGGACGCUAACCAGCAAACCGUGGGGAGGGAGGGGGCGUUACUACGAGGUCCCUGCAGUUCUACGGAAAAUAAUACUUCUCUAACCCUAUUGGCUGUGGUGAUUCUCUAAUCCUAUUGGCUGUGGUGAUUCUCUAACCCUAUUGGCUGUGGUGAUUCUCUAACCCUAUUGGCUGUGGUGAUUCUCUAAACCUACUGGCUGUGGUGAUUCUCUAACCCUACUGGCAGUGAUGCUUCUCUAACCCUAUUGGCUGUGGUGAUUCUCUAACCCUAUUGGCUGUGGUGAUUCUCUAACCCUAUUGGUUGUGGUGAUUCUCUAACCCUACUAGCUGUGGUGAUUCUCUAACCCUACUGGCAGUGAUGAUUCUCUAACCCUAUUGGCUGUGGUGAUUCUCUAACCCUAUUGGCUGUGGUGACUCUCUAACCCUACUGGCUGUGAUGAUUCUCCAACCCUACUGGCUGGUGUGACUCUCUAACCCUAUUGGCUGUGGUGAUUCUAACAGUCAUAUUAUACAUAUUAACAGUCUAACAGUCAUAUUAUACAGGUGCAAUGUAAUGAUAUGCCAAAGGUAACAAAACCUUGACCAAGCUGCUAGAAACAGGCCGUGGUAACAGCUUCAACAAGGCAUAAUGGAUUAGUAUUACGUAACAUGGUCUUGCAAUGGAAUGUGAUUACUUGAUCAUUCUAAUGUUAUCUUGUAAUGGAAUGUGAUUUCUGGAUGAUUCUACGGUAGUGAUUAAAUCCGAUCGUGGGUUAUAGGUAUUGCGGUUUUUAAAGACAAGUUCCUAUGAAGCUGACAUAUCCAGCGUUUACAGUGAAUGGGAUCUCCACGAAUGAAGGAACAAUACCUAUAACCCGCAAUGGGAUUGAAUCCCAGCCUGAAGCAUGGCAGGUUGCAGCAUUACACUGAUGUCAGUCUGAUGUCUUCACAUCCUCGUUGUUGUCUGAUGGGUUCUGUGUUAUAUGUAUUGCAAUCAUUAACAGAAACCACAUUAUCCUGUGUUCAACAUAAUAAACAUCA